AUGGCGCGCAGCCUGUCCGCCCACACCGGCGCCGUCUCCUGCGUGAAGUUCUCCAACGACGGCCGCCUCCUCGCCUCCGCCUCCCUCGACCGCACCGUGGUGGUCUACCCCGCCGCCUCCUCCUCCUCCUUCUCCCCGCUCGCUACCCUCUCCGGCCACCAAGAGGGCAUCUCCGACCUGGCCUGGUCCUCCGACUCCCACUACCUUUGCUCCGCCUCCGACGACCGCUCCCUCCGCAUCUGGGACGUCCGCAACCUCGCCGGCGCGUCCUCCGACGACCGCUGCGUGAAGAUCCUCCGCGGCCACACCUCCUUCGUCUUCUGCGCCAACUUCAACCCCCAGUCCAACCUCAUAGCCUCCGGCGCCUUCGACUGCACCGUCCGCAUCUGGGACGUGAAGGCCGGCAAGUGCGUCCGCGCCAUCGACGCCCACGACCUGCCCGUUACCUCCGUCCACUUCAUCAAGGACGGCUCCAUCGUCGUCUCCACUAGCCACGACGGCUCCUGCAAGAUCUGGGACGUCGCCUCCGGCAAGUGCCUCAAGGUGCUCAUCGACGAUAAGACCCCCGCCGUCUCCUUCGCCAAGUUCUCCCCCAACGGCAAGUUCAUUCUCGUCGCCACCCUCGACGACACCCUGAAGCUAUGCAACUAUUCGACAGGCAAAUUCAUAAAGAUAUACACAGGUCAUGUCAACAGGACAUACUGCAUUACCUCCACAUUUUCUGUUACAAAUGAUAAAUACAUAGUCAGUGGGUCAGAAGAUAAUUGUGUUUAUAUAUGGGACCUCCAAGGGAAAAAUGUUCUUCAGAAAUUGGAAGGUCAUACAGACACUGUCAUCUCAGUUUCUUGUCAUCCAACCGAGAACAAAAUUGCUUCUGCUGGACUACAGAAUGACAGAACAGUAAGGAUAUGGACACAGGAUCCUGCAUGAAAAUGUUCCUAGGAGAAGAAAAGUUGCCAUAGGUUGGUUGAUUACCGUGUAGUACUUGCAUUAAAUGAAUCACUUUUACUAACUUUGUACACUCUUUCUGUUCCUUUUUCUUUGCACUUAACCACCACUUCUAUUGCCUCACAUUUAUUUGCAACUUAUGAACAUAAAAUCACGUGGUUUUGGAUUUUUAAAUGUUUAGAGGUCACCAAAGGUGGCUUUCUGUCUUCA